AUGAUUGACUAAAAACAUUAACUUAAACAUUUUCAAAAAUUGGCAAAAAGUAAUUUGCAAUACUCAUUAAUAUAAAUAAUAUAUUUAUUCUUAUAGAGAAAAGAAGAUUUAAUAAAAAUACUUAAAAUAAAAGGAAAAGCAUACUUAAUAAUUACUUAUAUUGACUUAAAAAAACUCUAUAUUUAGUCUCAUAAAGAUAUUCCAUUAGUAUAAAUAGCUUCUUAAAUUCAAAUAAAAAGUCCUUAUGAUUUUAAAAACUUUUAGAAGCAAUCUUUAAUUAUUGACAAGGUAAUUACUACUUAAAUUUAAAUUGAUAAAAAAUAAUUAUUAUAUGAAAUAAUUAUUAUACGAAAUAAUUCUCUAAAAUCUAUCAAAAAGAAAAGAUAUUGA